ACACCAAUAUCAGCUUCCGACCCUCAAGAGAAAGCUGAGGUCGUCUCCAUACUUUCAAUCCCCGCGACGACGCACGCAAUCCCCGCGGAUACGCCCACCUCGCUACUUUCAGCCUUCCGUAGGCUUAUAACCGCAACCACCCCUCCGGUGGAAUCCCUCGGUCUCAGCGCGACACUGUUGACACAAAGUUUACUCAGCCAAGCAAGCAUCAUGGGCCCCUCCGAGAUACCGGGCAAGGUCGAUGACCAUGACCACCUAUUUCAAGUGGCGGCGAACAUGGGGAAACGGUUCGACUUCUCCCUGAACGUACCGGCGAUGACGUUGGAUAUGAUUUGGUGCUCCAUUCUUACCGAAGUCUCCAUCUGCGUGGGAGACAACGAGGAGGCGCUCCGGGAAUAUGAUAAGCUGGCCAGGGAAGCCGUGGGUCUUAUACCGGUUGACCCCACCUUGGAUGGAGACAAGUGGGUAUACAAACACCUGCUGCUCCUCACUGAGGCCAUGAUUGAAUGGACAGCUCGCGGGUUCAGCGGGCGCGAAAUGUUUGGCGAAUCCAAGCGUUUCGAGAUGGAGCUAGUCCAGCACAUGGAGGCCUACCUGAAGGGAAAGGGCCUAUUCGUCAAUGGGCUCAAGGCUACACCACAGCCCAGCGAUUCACUCAAGGACUUGAUCCUGCAUGCUCGAGUCAUGAGGAAGGCCCUGGAGCUGAAGGACGGCAACCUUGGAGCUCACAUCAUCGUCCUCUCGCGCCCGGAUGAUUACGUACCCGUUUGUUCUACCGAGCUUGGAGCCUUUGCGAAGCCUGAGUACGGGCCGACGCUUGCCGACACGACAGUGAAUACCGCCAAUGAGCCAGGCGGCGGGAAGUUCCUCCACAAGUUGGUGGGCGCCGUCCUUGACAAAGUGGCCAUGGCGAACAACCAAGCAAAGUAUGAUGAACCUGGGGCCUGGAUCCCAGAAGACGGAGUCGCUUUCCAAGGCGGGCUACGGGAUCCGACCGAUAUCUCGCCCACCAUCAAGAAGCACGUCGUCAUUUUAGGGGAGCCAAAGGCCGAGAUCCGCCAGCGUAAAGAUGCACCGGAUCUGUAUGGACAGUAUCAAGCCGCCAUGAAGCUCCAUCCGUUGGAAUGGGCCGACCCCAAAACAUUCACGUUCAACGAACGAAUGUUGCGGAAGGAAGACUUUGGAUCGUCAGACGAACCUGCCAAGAACAAAUACGUCACGUUUGGCAAUGUUGUAUCUGCGGCGGGACGCUCCCUGCUCCAUAAUCCCCGCAAUGCCGCUAUGCUCGGGGGUAUUGCAGUCCUGGCGUCCCUUCCAGGUGCCGCUGCCCAAGCGCACAUCUCAGACGCCGGAAUCCCGGCCGCCAACGCUUUCGCGGGUGGUUUCGGUCUGGCCAUUGCCGGUUUCCGCGACGGCCGCGCAAUUGGAAAUGCCCUGUAUUACUCUGUUUACGGCGGCUGGGGCCUUACAUGCGCUCUGGCUAUCGGAUUUAGCGCGUCGAGUGUCAUCCCUGGGAAGAGGUCCCGCUACCUUGGUCUCCUGGCGGCGAUUGAGGGUUUGGUUCUCGCCGUCAUCGCGGCUUCCUCCGCCGAUGAUAUGGACCACAUGCUCGAGCGUCUCAAGACGUGGACCCCGCUGACUACUCUGCUAUGUGCCGGCGCGCUGUUGAUGGGCUUUGACCGCAUCCAGGCCAACGGAGACCAUCGCGCUCAUGAGUGUUGAUGGGCUAUGAUCGAGACGGCAAUAGGAAGGAUUGACAAAGAGGAUAAAGACUUCGCAUUUGAUAUAAAGGACGCAUGGGAAAAUAGACGAUUCCGAGC